CACCAUGCAUGGAUAAUGUUUUAUUGGCUAUGUGUUGUGUUUAUUGUUACUGGGUUUGCUUUAUUGGCUACGUAUUAUGUUUAUUGUUACUGGGUUUUCUUUUCUUUUUUUUUUCUUGGGUGUAUUUCGGGUUUUGUGGUUUUUGGUCAUUUGCAUCUGACUUUCUGCGUCUUUCUCUGAUUCCAUUGGGAUGUGUAUUGUGUUUGUUUGUUCUCUUUUGGGUUUAUUUUGUUAGAUUUGGUUCAGUUUGAUUGAUUUUGUUUUAGAGGAAGUGAAGAUCCUUAAACUGUAAUCAGAGUGUCAUCAGGCCACUGGAUAUGGAGUGUAGUGGAAAUUUGAACUACUGUUAAGAAUUAGGAGUGCUGUGGGCCUGUGACAAUUGAUCGCAAGGGAGUAUACGUUAUUUACUUUAAGCUAUUUGGCAUAUUCACAAAAAGCUCUGCACUUUUUCUUUUUCUUUUUUAAUAAUUUCUCUUAUACACUUGCUUGUAUUUCCCUCUGUUGCCUUGGAAGCUAAAAUGUUUUGAUUAUAUAAUUGUACUUGAUGUCGGCUUUGGGUUUAAUGCUAUUACAUGUCUUGCCUUAUAUUUGAAAGUUAAUUUUUAUCAGGUUCAGUUGCAGAUAUGGAUUGUCCAGGUCUAAGUCUGUUUCCAUUGCACCGCUGCAAAACUCUUCACCUGGCAUUCUGGUCUUAUAAAACCACUCAUCCAGGUGAGGCAUGCACAAGGACUGCACAAUGUAGAGGGAGAAAAGAACUUCAAAGCUUACUUGUCUCACGAAUAUUUUGAUGCACAACUUACACAACUAGGUUGGCAGCAGGUUGACAAUUUGCGUAAGCAUGUUCGGACAUGUGGGCUUUUCAAGAGGACUGAGUUGGUUAUUGCAUCCCCUAUGCUAAGGACAUUACAAACAGCUGCUGGAGUUUUUGGUGGCGACGGCUAUACAGAUAGAGCAGAUGCACUGCCACUGAUGGUGGCAAAUGCUGGAAACAGCGGUCGAGCAGCAAUUUCAAGUCUUAAUUCCCCACCUUUCAUUGCUGUAGAACUUUGUCGAGAACAUUUUGGUGUGCGUCCUUGUGACAGGAGGGGAAACAUGAGUGACUAUCAGUUUCUUUUCCCCGCAAUUGACUUUUCACUGGUAGAAACUGAUGAGGAUGUACUGUGGAAGGCCAAUGUGAGAGAGCCAACAGAAGAUCUUAUUGCCAGAGGAUUGAAGUUCAUGAACUGGUUGUGGACAAGGAAAGAGAAAGAGAUAGCUAUAGUUACCCACAGUGGGUUCUUGUUUCAUACCUUAAAUGCAUUUGGAAAUGACUGUCACCCAUUGAUGAAAAAAGAAAUGUGCGAUCGCUUUGCAAAUUGCGAGCUUCGAUCCAUGGUCAUUGUUGACAGAAGUAUGACUGGAUCAGAUCCUGCAACAACAAACUAUCCUGGAAAGAUUCCUCAAGGGCUGGAUCUUCCUAGCGAUGCUUCAGAGGAGGAGGGACCCAAAACAAACUCGGUCAUCUAAGCAGUAAGCGGAUUGUAAUUGAGUUGAGCAUUCUUAGUCGAGUAUUGGCAUUCUGAGAAGACUAUGGCUUCUGUACUAUGCAAAAUUUACUUAUGUUGCACAGAACUAGGAUGCUUUAAGAGUUGGGCUUGUUAAAACAGACAAAGGCUGCUUAUUUGAAAUGAAAACUGGGAUGAAUUCUUGCUUGA